CCCGUCCGCUCCGAGGCCCAGCCCGGCUCCGGCGGCGCAAUUCGCCCUGGGCCGCCUCCGUGCCUAAAGGGGCCGGGCCGGGCUGGGGGAGAGCCUCCCCUCCCCCUUCUCCCCCUCCUCCUGGCCUGGGAAGGCGCCUCUUUAAAAGAGGGAAGGAGCUGCGGGGCGGCCCCACUCGGCCUCUGCCGCCCGGCUGCUGCCUCGCUUCCGCCAGCCCCUCGCCCGCCUCGCCGCCCCGCAGAUUGGUCAUGUUUGAAAUUAAGAAAAUCUGCUGUAUUGGUGCUGGCUAUGUUGGUGGGCCAACAUGCAGUGUUAUUGCUCAGAUGUGCCCCAAAAUUCAAGUCACCGUGGUUGAUGUCAACGAAGCUCGAAUCGGGGCCUGGAAUUCUGACAUCCUUCCCAUUUAUGAGCCAGGACUUAAAGAGGUAGUAGAAUCUUGCAGAGGGAAGAAUCUCUUUUUCUCCACCAACAUUGAUGACGCUAUCAAAGAAGCCGAUCUGGUAUUCAUUUCUGUUAAUACGCCCACGAAGACCUACGGAAUGGGGAAAGGCCGGGCUGCGGACCUGAAAUAUAUUGAGGCUUGCGCAAGACGGAUCGUGCAGAACUCCAACGGUUAUAAAAUUGUGACUGAGAAAAGCACCGUACCUGUGCGGGCUGCGGAGAGCAUCCGCCGCAUAUUCGACGCCAACACCAAACCAAAUUUAAAUCUGCAGGUCUUGUCCAACCCGGAAUUCUUAGCGGAGGGCACGGCUGUCAACGACCUCAAGAAUCCAGACCGCGUAUUGAUAGGGGGAGACGAGACCCCCGAGGGGCAAAAAGCCGUCCGGGCGUUGAGUGCCGUCUACGAGCAGUGGGUGCCCCGAGAGAAGAUCCUGACCACGAAUACGUGGUCUUCGGAGCUCUCCAAGCUGGCAGCCAACGCUUUCCUCGCUCAGAGGAUUUCCAGUAUCAACUCCAUCAGUGCCCUGUGUGAAGCCACGGGAGCCGAUGUCGAAGAGGUGGCCAGAGCCAUCGGAAUGGAUCAAAGAAUUGGAAACAAGUUUUUGAAGGCCAGCGUUGGAUUUGGCGGGAGCUGUUUCCAAAAAGAUGUUCUGAAUUUGGUUUACCUUUGCGAGGCGUUGAACUUACCUGAAGUGGCUCGCUAUUGGCAACAGGUGAUUGACAUGAAUGACUAUCAGCGAAGGAGAUUUGCUUCCCGCAUCAUCGAUAGCCUCUUCAACACGGUCACUGAUAAGAAGAUUGCUAUUUUGGGAUUUGCAUUCAAAAAGGACACAGGAGAUACCAGAGAAUCGUCCAGUAUCUACAUCAGCAAAUAUUUAAUGGACGAAGGUGCCAGACUCCAUAUCUAUGAUCCCAAAGUACUGAAAGAGCAAAUCAUUCUGGAUCUUUCUCACCCAGGUGUGUCUGAGGAUGACCAAGUCUCACGACUGGUCACCAUUACUAAGGACCCCUACGAAGCCUGCGAGGAGGCCCACGCUCUUGUCAUUUGCACAGAGUGGGACAUGUUUAAGGAGCUGGAUUACGAGCGCAUUCACAAGAAAAUGCUGAAACCGGCUUUUAUCUUCGAUGGCAGGAGAGUCCUGGAUGAUCUCCAUCAUCAGCUGCAAGCGAUCGGGUUCCAGAUUGAGACCAUCGGAAAGAAAAUUUCGGCUAAAAGAAUUCCCUUUGCGUCAUCCGGCGACAUUCCAAAAUUCAGCCUGCAGGACCCUCCUCUGAAGAAGCCCAGGGUCUAGGCUUCCUUGGGACAGAAAAGUUGGGAUGAGAAGGAAAAACAGAAGAAAAUAACAGGCACCUUUGAGCCUCAAUAAAGCAUUACAAAUGAUUUUUAUUUUCAGAGGAGAUUUCAAUAUCUCCCACCGAAACCCCCGCUUAAUGCUCUGCUCUGGGCUAAACGAAGUUUAGUAUUUUUGCAUAGUGAAAAGGAUUUUAUAUGAACGCCGUCAUUACGUGGGACAUUUUCAACCAGUUUCUCUUUUCUAUAAGGUCUAUUUUUCUAGCAUUGUGACUUCUGCCAAUGACAUGUUAACUAUACAAUCAUUGUGCUCUUAAAUAUUUUUUUAACGGAACCCAUCAGCUUCGAACUUCCAAGAUUUUAGGGUGGGGUUGUUGGUUUUUUUGCAAGAUUUUACAGACUUCAACUUUAGCUUUGACGUCUUGGAUUGAAAGUAGAAGAAAGCCAUCCUAUCCUAUUUAAUAAAUAGUCACCUAUUAAUAUCAUGUAACAUUAUUCAUGUUGGAAGUUUAAAUUAGACUUGUGUGGUAUGGAAGCCUCAAGCGAAGAGAUACUUUUUUUCCUGAGUGAAAUCAAGGUUGGGAUAAUUUGCAUAAUAAUAAUGCUUAUUCCAGAGAAGACCCAAAAUAAGGAAUUAUGAAUUCUUCUCCCUCUUCAGUUGCUGAUAUGUUGACCAUCACUUUCAGAGGUUUCUACAGAAGCCCACCUUAGAAGCUCUAACCAAAACACCUUUCUUAUUGUGGUUAAAAGCAGACUUGGAACUUUAUAGUUCUGUCCAGAUGUGGAAUUGACCUGAUUUCAGUACGCUACAUUAAGCUGACUUAUUGUAAUCAUGGUUUGCUGAAUAAAUCAGAGUUGGUGGUACAACAGCGUAAGCCAAGACCAAGCAAGGAAAGUUGGGUUUUAAGCACGCUGUGUGAACUGGGACACAGAAC